GUUGAGGGGCGAUGUUUACGAAGCGUGGCGGAGGUAAACAGAGGCUGCGAGGCCUUGGGCCGCUGGCGCCGCGUUUGUUGUUGCCAUCGCUGGGGGGGUGGGGAGAUCGGCGAUCAAGGACGGCUUCCUCCCAACCCCCCCAACCGGCAGGGGAGCCAGGACGCUGCUCUGUUGGACUCCGAGGGAUCGGAGAAGUCUGCUGGAAUGUGAGGGAUUUUUUUCGCCAUGGAAGGUGAACUGAGCCCUCAGGAUAAGAAGGAUCUGGAUAAGUUCAUUAAGUUCUUUGCCCUGAAGACAGUCCAGGUAAUUGUGCAAGCACGGCUUGGAGAAAAGAUAUGUACCCGUUCGUCGUCCUCUCCUACGGGCUCAGACUGGUUUAACCUUGCAAUAAAAGACAUACCAGAAGUCACCCAUGAGGCUAAAAAAGCACUGGCAGGCCAACUACCUGGAAUUGGACGGUCAAUGUGUGUGGAAAUCUCUCUCAAGACGUCUGAGGGAGAUUCAAUGGAACUGGAAACAUGGUGUUUGGAAAUGAAUGAAAAAUGUGAUAAAGAAAUUAAGGUUUCUUACACUGUCUACAACAGACUGUCUUUGCUACUGAAAUCACUCCUUGCAAUCACAAGAGUGACACCUGCAUAUAAACUAUCUAGAAAGCAGGGACAUGACUAUGUAAUCCUGUACAGGAUAUAUUUUGGAGAAGUACAACUGAAUGGCCUGGGUGAAGGUUUUCAAACAGUACGGGUCGGAAUGGUUGGAACUCCUGUUGGUACUAUCACGCUGUCGUGUGCAUACCGAACUAAUCUGGCUUUCAUGUCUGGCAGGCAGCUGGAGCGGACCCAGCCAAUCAUGGGGAUUAUCAUAGACCACUUUGUAGAUCGUCCCUAUAGUGGAUCUUCACCACUACACCCAUGUAACUACAGAACAACUGGUGAAGACGAUGGAGGUAAUUUUCCUUCUGUUGAUGACUCCCAGGAAGUCUGCACCACUUCUUUCUCUACUUCUCCUCCCUCACAGUGUGUGUUUACUGUUAGUAAAACACAUUUUCAGACUCCCAGGCCAGUGGUGAUGGACACUCUGAAGGUCCCCCUGCUAGGCUUGACCUUUACGCAUCAACUCUACAGCUCACGUCUUUUCUAUCAGCCUUUUGCUACUCUUGGUGGUGGUUCAGCUGAUCUAGCCUGUUGCCCAGCAGCCUUAACUGCUGGUGUAAAUACUGCUCAUCCACAUCAGAUGGUAAUUCCUAGUAAAGAAGGAGGCAUACCUGUUCUGCCUCUACAUCCUGCCCCUGGUGUCCAGGCUGAUGGUGAAAGGGUGCCUACCUGUAAUUUGACAGAUAUGAAUCAACAUGUGGCCACAACUCCUUCCAGCAGUGGUGAAGCAGAAUUGCUAUCAAAGAGUAAUGAAGGAAAAAGCGGGACACCUCAGGAUGUGUUGGAAACUACCUUUACGAGGAAAGUGGGAGCCUUUGUUAACAAACCAGCCAGUCAGGUCACUGCUGCCAAUAUGGAUUUACCAUUUGCUGUAUUUGCACCGAAAAAUGUUGAAUCUGAGGACACUGAUGUCAUGGUAAAUCCACCUGAUUCUCCUAUUCCAGAAUCACCUCUGCAUGCCAGUCUUCAUUCAGACCAGUCCAGUGGGAGCAGUGGCCUCACACAGGAUGAAUUUGUUAUGGUGGAACUUAAGCCAGCCUUUUCCAAGGAUGAUUUUCUGCCUAUGGAUCUGGGUACCUUUUAUAGGGAAUUUCAGAACCCUCCUCAACUGAGCAGCCUCUCAAUAGACAUCAGUGCCCAGUCAAUGGCUGAGGAUCUGGAUUCUUUGCCUGAGAAGCUGGCAAUCUAUGAGAAGAACAUGGAAGAAUUUGAUGCCUUUGUAGACACUCUGCAGUAACCAAGGACAGUAUCUUACCCUGCUUCAGGAACUAUACCUGCAGCAAAAAAACUGAAGUCGAAAGCUGUUUUUCUUCUGCUAUAAAUAAAAUGUAUAUAUUUUUAGAAGUACAAAAUCUCCUUAUUUCUAUAGAUGUUCUACCUGCAGUCUAUAAGUACAUUUCAGGUUGUACUCACUGAUUUGCUGCUGUAUUGAAAAGUGAGAGUCUAUCUUAAUUUACUGUACACACCUGUGUAAAUAUCUUGUAAAGCCAAGCAAUAUUUAAUCACUGCAUUUGUUUAUAUUGAACUCUGAAGUCUUGUGUCUUUCUUGCAAGCCUGGUUAUAUUCAAAAGAUGGUUUCUAAUUUAAGGUACAGCAUGUUGUUCCUUUGAGCUGUCAUUUGUAGCUUCUCACUUCACUGUAGAAAAAUAAACGACAAAAACCGGCUGGGCUCGUACCAGUUUGGUGGUCUUGGUGAUAAAGGUGUAAA